CUUUUAGAGAAAAAUAAAAACAGGGCUUCGGAGCUCCUCUGCGUUUUCGUUCCGGAACCCUAGAAUUCCCGCGUCGCCGUAAUUUUUCUGAAUUAUUGGAAUUUGUGUUUUUGUUUCUGGGGAUUUCAGGGUAGAAAUAUGUCAGGAUCUGAGACGGGUGUGAUGACCAGCAGAGAGCCGUUUCUGCAGGCCAGUCCUCUGCAGUCACAAAUGCGCAUGGACUACAAUUCUGGGACCAAUGCCAUUUUCAAACCCGUCACCGCCGCCUCGCCGCCCUACCCCGGUGCCGCCGGAGCUGCAGCUGCUCCGAUAGUGGGGGAGGGUUCAGCUGGUGUAGGUGUAAUGGGAUCUGGGGGUAACAUGAGUGGGGAGCCAAUGAAGAGAAAGAGAGGGAGGCCCAGGAAGUAUGGGCCAGAUGGCACAAUGUCGUUGGCUCUGUCACCUUCAGCACAGGCUGCUGUCCCUGUUACCCAGUCUCCACCGGGAUUUUCUCCUCCGCCGAUGCCAGCUCCACUUGCUGCUGCUACUGGAGGUGCUGCCUCGCCCACUACUGCCACUAAGAAAGCCAGAGGCAGGCCACCUGGUUCUACCAAUACUAAGAAGCACCGACUGGAAGCUUUAGGAUCUGCUGGCAUGGGAUUUACACCACAUGUCAUUACUGUUAAAGCUGGAGAGGAUGUAUCAUCAAAAAUCAUGUCGUUUUCUCAGAAUGGUCCUAGAGCUGUUUGUAUCUUGUCAGCAAAUGGAGCGAUAUCAAAUGUGACUCUUCGCCAAGCAGCCACAUCUGGUGGAACUGUGACAUAUGAGGGGCGUUAUGAAAUUCUCUCACUUUCUGGCUCAUUUCUUCUAUCUGAAAAUGAUGGCCAACGCAGCAGAACUGGAGGAUUAAGUGUGUCAUUAUCUAGCUCAGAUGGUCGAGUUUUGGGUGGUUCUGUAGCAGGUCUCCUGACUGCUGCUUGUCCGGUUCAGGUUGUUGUUGGGAGCUUUGCUGCAGAUGGUCGAAAAGAACCAAAGACGGAAAUGAAAAGAGAGCCUUCAUCUGUAGGACAACAGCUUGCACCAGCUAGCGGGCCAAAUGGGGUCAGUAGUCCAAUGUCACAUGGAACUCUCAGCGAAUCCUCAGGUGGGCAGGGUAGUCCACUCAACCAGAGUACAGGAGCUGGCAACAAUAAUAAUCCACAAGGCAUGUCAAGCAUGCCCUGGAAGUGAUCAAUCUUUCGUAACUCCAGCCAGCUUCUUCACGCUAACUAAUUUGUGUAGUAGGCACGAUGGGCAAUUUGUGUUCGUAGUUAUUAUGAAUCUUCAGGACGGCAGUUUUAGUUUCAGCAUUAUGUAUUAUUAGUAGAAUAAGGACUCUAGAAUACUUACAGCUUGACCAUUUAGGAUAUGGGCAGCUGAAAAGUUUCAACCAGGUAAUUUGAGGUGUUUGUGCCACAGAGGAAAUUAGAUUAAGAUGUGUGCGUAAUUGGUAGGGUUAGGUUGAGUUGGUGAUAGUCUGGCUUGUUGUAAUCGUAGUGCAGUUGUAGCUUGAUGCACUAUUCUCUAAUGAUAAGAUGGUAAUGAUGUCGUUUUAAGAAUGAUUUUCUCUUCUG